GCAGAAAAUCACCGUGCUCAUUUGAUGCACCUUGAUCGCGUCGACAGGGUCAGAGAGAUAGCCAAUAGGCCCAGACCUCAAAGGGGAUUACAAGACAGAAUGAAUCCUUUUGAGUUGUACGUGGAUGAAGCCUUUCGAAUGCGGUAUCGCUUGUCAAAAGAGACUGCGCUCCAUCUCAUCAACAUGCUUGAGGGUGAUCUGAGGAGGAAUACAGAACGUAAUGAACCACUACCUGUUUUUUUGCAGGUUCUGACAACUUUGCGAUUUUAUGCAGUUGGUUCAUUCCAGAGGAUGCAUGGGGACGAAGCAUCAAUGUCCCAAUCAUCUGUUUGCAGAGUCAUCAGAGAUGUUUCUGAGGCUAUUGCAAGAAGGAAGAGAGAAUUCAUAAGAUUUCCAACUAUGAGAGAAGAGGUUGAAUCUACCCAGCAGAGAUUCUACGAGUACUGCGGGUUUCCUGGCGUCAUAGGUGCCAUCGAUGGGACUCAUGUAUACAUUAGGAGUCCUGGUGGGGAACAAGCCCUGUACUUUCUUAACCGGAAGAACAGGUAUUCCAUCAAUGUGCAGGUUGUUUGUGAUAAUGCUGGAAAGAUAACAAGUAUCGUGGCAAGGUGGCCUGGCAGCACUCAUGAUUCACGGAUUUUCAAUGAGAGUGCACUGAAAUUGCAGCUAGAGGCAAGAGCAGAUGGUUCUGGGUUGUUGCUUGGAGAUAGUGGGUACGCGUGCCUCCCCUUUUUGAUGACUCCCCUCCAAAACCCUCUCCAACGGCCAGAGAUGCGCUACAAUCAUGCCCACAAGAGAGGCCGCUGUGUUAUUGAGCGCACCUUUGGCCGUUGGAAGAGGAGAUUCCCUUGCCUCAAUGAUUUGCGUGUGAAGGUGGACACUGCAUUCAUAGUUAUAGUGGCAUGCUCGGUCCUUUGGAAUAUAUCUUUGGAGUGGCGCGAGGAAGAAUUUCAAGGACCUGAGCCUGAUAAUGAUAUGCCACUGGAUCACCUUCCUCCUGGCCACCGCGAUGCAGUCGCUGGUAGGCUCAGGAGAGAACAGAUCAUUGAGGAUCACUUCACCCGCUAAUCCAGGUAACCACUCAGAACAAUCUGCUCAAGCCCUUGCUGUUUUUUCAGUCACUUCAGAGAAAAUCUGUGAAUGCUGAUGCUGUCAAGGUACUUGUUAUCAUUCCAGCAAACAAGAGUUUUAUGCAACUACAUUUAUAUUUUUAAUUAUGUUCUUAAAUACAUGAAAAAGCUGUGAGCAUCAGAAUCAGCAGCCGAGCCUAACCGGGGUAAUAGAGAGCACCUAACAAGAUAAUAAUACCCUAAAUUAAAUCUCAGAUGAAAUAUAAUACAAUGAAGAUGGCCAGUUUACAAAUCCUCGGUUGUCAUUUUAUUGAAUUCUUUUUGAACCAUCUUGACAUCAUAACCGCAGCUGAAAUUUAUGUUUUAAAAGAUCAUAUACAUUCUGUAAUAUUUUAUACCUCUGCCAUUACGUCCUAGUAAAAGCUACUACUGUCAUUACUAGCCACUUAAGAAUUACAACAUUAUUAGAGAAUUAUUGAUUUUCUAUUCAAUAGCAUUUCAUGCAAGCUGUCACAGUUCUAUUAUAUCAGUUACUCUAUGGCAAAAUUUACAUAUUCUUGUGCUGUUUUAAAAUUAUUUUACACAAGUUAAAAUUUUCAUUCAAUUGAAAUUAUUUCUCAAUUUGGGAUGUGACAAGUUAUAGAAAAAUAUUCAGAAAAUCUUUAUUUUGGAGUUAUUGUUGAGUGUAGUCAGGAUGGUUAAUUACUUAAAAAAAAUAUUUGUACUACCAGUGAAUGUAACUAAGGAUGUAAGGUUAGCUGCAUGAAACUCUUUUUUGCAAUCAACUAUUACACUUGAUUGGAAUGGUUUCCCAUCACUCACUCCUAAUGUAAACAGUUUCCAUCGAUGCACCCAGCACAUCAGGUUACCUGCAUUACUCUUAGAAUUCUUUGUUAAGUAGCUUCAACUUCUUCACUCAAUGUUGGAAAAC